GCGCAAUUGAAAAGCUGGGUCAGCACAAAGGCCAGAUCUUAGGGCUCGGAUUCGCAAAUACAAAAAAAAUCCUGGAUCUUGAAAUAAUUCUGCUGACUACGCCGUGAAUUAUUUUGCAGCAAUGUUGCGCGUAGCGCCUCGCAAGCUGAAUGGCGCCUCGACCUUGCUUUCUUGGUUUUGGCGGGUUCUUCGCCGCACCUGGGCCUCCAUGCAGGAUAUCGCCAUACAGAGCCUCUUUCGGGGUCACGUGCUCCCUGGCUUUCUCUCCAUUGUUGUACCUCAAGAUUGUGUUGAACUACCUGAACUCAAAUAGUCCCAGCUUCCUUUCCCCCCUCAGCACCCAACCCCUGCCGCGCAAUUAUUUUCAUCUAGAACCCCGAGUGUUCCGAAAGUCUUUAUCAAACUUCACCUCACCGCCACGUAACUUAUAUACUGGCUCCUUGAACUGGCUAUUUUUUUUUCGUCACCGAAAUACUCCUGUCGCCUUGUCUUGCUAUCAAGCUUUCAAAAAAUUUUUGAGGGUAGUCUUCCAGCCAAGCUUUGUUGACUUUACUGCCACACCUUUUGCUGCUUGUCAGCAUAGACUAGACUUUUGGCGAGCGCCUUCAGACUCGACACUUCACUUCCAUUUGCCCCUAUACAAGUCCUAGCAAUUCGCUGUCCUCACCUGUUUCUGCUGUUGGCUACUCAAGACAUACGCGAAAAGACUGUUACUAGAACCAGCGCGGAUAUUUUUUAGAAAGCCUGAUUUUUUGUGCAUCGGAGACGCUAUUC